AUGGCUCCAUUCCCUACCGUCAACGGCGUCACGGUCGUGAUGCUGCCACCCGAGGGCUAUAUAGUCAACUUCGACCAUCCGCAGCGACGACAUCAGCUGGAAUCAUAUAUCAUCUCUGCCGUAGGCAUCGCACUUGCUUUCCUUUUCUUUCUCCAAUACCUAUACGUCAAAUUUUGGAUUCUGCGUAAACCUGAUGGGGAGACCGCCUGUCUCAUAACUGCGUGGAUAUUCUCUAUCGGUGUUCAAUUUGUCUCACUUCGUUCUUUUGUUAUUGGCGCAACAGGCGUUCAUGCAUGGGAAAUGCCUAUUCAAACGUUUAACGAUGGAAACAAGCUCACCUUCAUUUCUCCUAUCUUGUACGCUGUGUGUACUGCCUUUUCCAAGAUGGCGCUGGCACUCUUUUACCGAAGGCUUUCACCCCAGCGGUGGUGGAGAUGGAGUGUGUACAUCGUCGUUUUUCUUAUUGCUGGAUACAAUCUAGCAAUUAUGCUUGUUAUUAUUUUCGGAUGUACCCCGUUUGAGAAGAGCUGGGACUUCACGAUUCUCGAUGGAAGCUGUGUGAACCGACCCGCAAUCUACAUCUGCACAGCUAUCCUCGGCAUCGCGUCCGAUCUCAUCCUUUUGGUGAUGCCCCUGCCGAUGAUUUUGCGUUUGCAAAUGCCACGGCGGCAGAAGGCUGGCCUGGUAGUGUUGUUUGUAAUCGGUUCUGCGACACUCGUAACCUCUGUUGUUCGACUAAUCCUACUAGUUCCAUUUGUGAGCGCCAGCGACUACACUUGGGUUCUCUCCAGUGCCAUAGUCUGGAUUUAUGUCGAAGCCAAUCUCUUAAUCAUUUGCGCUUCAUUGACUACCCUCAGGCGCUUCUUCUUGCACGUCGCGCCCAAGUUUAUUGGCGAGAGAGGGUCAUCCGCUGGAUAUGACCUGGGGAGCAACAGAGGAUCACGGCAGCAUCCAUUUCGCAUAAUAGGAACUGGUGCGAAGAAGUCGAGAAAGGUCAGGCUUGAAGUCGACAUUGAAGAUCCUGGGUUUGAUCUUAGAACCAUUGUCCAGGCGCAGCCCGUGCAGACACAAAUCACAACACACGAGCCAGAGGAACAACCCGAGGAGAUGAUCAGACAAAUUCGGAGACAGGAAUCGCUGAGGAAGUUUGGCAGUGCUUCCGUCAAGACCCAGAAGUGGGACUCAAGAAAGGAUAGCGAUGAUGAAGAGCGCGCGAUUGUUCAGACGACGACUGUCACGGUAGUGUAUGGGCCCAGAGAAGAGUCUAAAGGGCAUGGUGACUGA